AUGAUCCACAGCCUGUUUCUCAUCAACCCUUCUGGGGAUAUCUUCCUGGAGAAACACUGGAAAAGUGUGGUGUCGCGAUCAGUUUGUGACUACUUUUUUGAGGCCCAAGAAAGGGCAUCCGAUCCAGAGAAUGUGCCACCCAUCAUCCAGACUCCCCAUCAUUACCUGCUCAGUGUUUACAGGCAUUCCAUAUUUUUUGUGGCUGUCAUACAGACUGAGGUGCCCCCGCUAUUUGCUAUAGAGUUUCUUCACCGAGUCGUGGACACAUUCCAGGAUUAUUUUGGUUCAUGCUCAGAAAUUGUCAUCAAAGAGAAUGUUGUUGUUGUUUAUGAAGUUCUUGAGGAGAUGCUGGAUAAUGGAUUCCCUCUUGCCACUGAAUCAAAUAUAUUGAAGGAGCUCAUUAAACCUCCCACUAUACUCCGCAGUGUGGUGAACACAAUUACAGGUAGCUCGAAUGUGGGUGACCAGCUUCCAACCGGCCAGCUCUCAGUGGUUCCAUGGAGGAGAACAGGAGUCAAAUAUACCAAUAAUGAAGCUUAUUUUGAUGUCAUAGAAGAGAUCGAUGCCAUCAUUGACAAAUCAGGCUGCACAGUAACUGCUGAGAUCCAGGGUGUGAUAGAUGCCUGUGUAAAACUGAGUGGGAUGCCUGAUUUAACCCUCUCCUUCAUGAAUCCUCGCCUUCUGGAUGAUGUCAGUUUCCACCCCUGUGUACGUUUUAAGAGAUGGGAAUCUGAGCGAAUUCUGUCUUUCAUACCCCCAGAUGGCAACUUCCGCCUCCUGUCCUAUCACGUCAGUGCUCAGAACUUGGUGGCCAUUCCAGUCUAUGUAAAGCAUGCAAUCAGUUUUCGGGAAGGCAGCAGUUCUGGGCGAUUCGAGGUGACGCUGGGACCUAAGCAGAGCAUGGGUAAAACAGUAGAGGGGGUGACCCUUACUGGGCAGAUGCCAAAGGGGGUCCUGAAUAUGACACUCACCCCAUCUCAGGGGACGUAUGUCUUCGAUCCAGUAACCAAGUUGUUGUCUUGGGAGGUGGGGAAAAUUAAUCCUCAAAAACUACCAAGUUUAAAAGGAACCAUGGUUCUUCAAGCUGGAUGCUCAAAGCCAGAUGAAAAUCCAACGCUGAACCUUAAUUUCAAGAUCCAGCAGCUGGCGAUCUCAGGUCUGAAAGUGAACAGGCUGGACAUGUACGGUGAAAAGUACAAACCCUUCAAAGGAAUCAAAUACAUGACCAAGGCUGGCAAAUUCCAAGUCAGAACAUAA